GAGAGAGAGAGAGAGAGAGAGAGAGGAGAGAGAGAGAGAAGCUAAUCAGUCAAUUCCUAAACCUCCAUUUGAGAUUUCAAACAUUGAGAAGUAGACUCUGAGUUGUCCUACCUUGAGAACUUCCCUCCCCGCCUUCACCUUGGGUCUUGAUAAUUGUUUAUAAGGGAAGAAGAUGAGCAAGAGAUGGGAUAUUGUGAUGCUGGCCCCAUUGUGACUCUUUGCAGGAUCACAGCCUGUUGGGUGACCCCAGCACAAGCUGGGAUGGAAGCAAGCCAGAAACAGAGACCGCAUCUCCAAUUUCCAUUCUUUGUAAACGGGCAGGAGAAAAGAUAACGCAGGGGAAGGCAGCGGCGGGGGAAGGAGGCGGCUUCUGCUUCUCCUUUUGUCUUUUCUUUUUCUUUUUUUCUGGCCUUGUCCGACCAUCACUCUCUGAGAUGGUGAAUGAAGCAGCCCCAGCAGAGGCUCAGCAGCGCUCAAGCCCCUUUGUGGGAAGCGAACAGCUGCUCGGCUGCUCCAAAGUCUCACUAUGGAAGGCAACAGCAGCUCCAUGAAUCGCUUCCGGGUACGACCAGCUGAGCCACAGGACUGUCCUCAUAUCAUGCGACUCAUUCGAGAACUGGCUGCUUAUGAAAACAUGCCUGAAGCAGUAAAAAUAACAGAAACAGAUUUACUUCGAGAUGGUUUUGGAACACAUCCCUUCUUCCAGUGUUUAGUAGCAGAGGUAUCAUCGGAAAAUGUAAUGUUAGAUGCAAGUAUUGUAGCUUUUGCGAUGUAUUACUUUACCUACGACCCUUGGAUUGGCAAGCUGUUAUACUUAGAAGACUUUUAUGUUAUGGAAGAAUAUAGAGGCUGGGGCAUUGGAACGGAACUUUUAAAAAGUUUAAGUCAGAUCGCCCUCGAGUCCAACUGCAGCUGCAUGCACUUUCUCGUCGUGGUUUGGAACAAGCCGUCGAUCGAGUACUACAUGAGGCACGGGGCGGCUGAUCUCUCCACUGAAGAGGGAUGGCAUCUCUUCCGAUUCGAUAAAGAGCACCUCGUCAGAAUGGCUACCGGACAGUAACACGGGAGUAUCUCUCUCUCUCCAAGGUUGGCGCACCGUCGGCUCAUCGGUCCCAAGGAAACCUCUGGCUAAAAUGGGAAGCUCUCUAAAGCAGGCAAAUACUAGCCAUACGAAAUUAAAAAGAAGCUUGCCUGAUUUAUGACUGGCAAUAGCUUGAUACGUGAUUGGAAUCUGGUGUUUUCCAUUGGCAAGCUGCGUUGGUGUGCCCCAAAAUCUCCACACACCCCCCAAUAAUAUUUGUUUAAUAAAUACAUACUGUAUUUUUUGGAAUAUAAGAGACACCUCCC